UAUCUGGGUGGCGCCGUGAGUAAGUGUUGCGAAGAUGUUGCUGAGACACGCUGCCACUGGUGUUGCGCUGCUGGCUGCAUCACUUAUAAGUGCGUGCUGGGCCCAGCUAAAGACCGGCUGUAAAGCGGAUACUCUGCGGGCUUGCGGUGAGGACUUCUUUCCCUACGGAAAAGAAAUUCAUUUGGAAAGUUCGGGGGCGCCAUUCGCGAAGAGUUGUGAGAAACACAAACGGGAGGUUGAGUGCAACAAACAGUUUGUGAGAGAGUGUCUUCAAGGGGUGUCGAAGGCUGCGUCACUGCUGGCCCUAGAUGCAUUCCAGGACAACGUUGACGCCACCUGCACUGUCGGUUCUAAGCACUACGAAGCAUACCAAAAGGCAAUUGGUUGCAUGAAUUCCAUUGGAGCAAAGAUCAACGGCUGCUUGAAGGGUCUCCAUGGCAAUCUUGAGAAGGCCGUUGUCAAGGCACCCGCAAAGAACAAGAUCGACUACGCAUGCUGCUCGUACGGUGAAUUGGUGGGCUGCCUCGAGUCAGUAUUGGCACCUUGCGAGGACGUCGGUGGCAAGGAACUCACGAUCAACCUGGUGGAGCAGGUGUUCGGCGAGGUACUGAGUCUGGUGUGUGGAAACUACGGAAAGGGAUCGGAGGCUUGCAAGGUUCUGCCCAAGUUGCCAGCGCUGGGCCCGAAAGACCCCAAGUUCGACGGCUACAUGGAGCUUUUCAUCGAGAUUGCCAACGCAGUUGGCCGUAGAAGCUAACAUGUGGCUUCGUUUACUUCACAAUGAAGCAUUCUUGCUGGCAAUAAUUACCGACACGCACCUCACUCACACUAGAAACGUAGCGCAUCCUCGUUCCUAUAUAGGAUGGACAUUGCCGUGGUGAUCGUCGGCGCGUUUAUUACAUAUAGUUAAUUAAAUGCACAAAUUAUCUCAGGGAAAUUAGAUCAGAAGUCCACAAAUAAAUAAAGACAUAUUGGUAGCCUUGGAAGGUCAGCCACCUUGAUUACUGAGCCAUCUAGAGUGAUCACCGGCGACUGCACCACCCAAACAGAUUACUGAACAGUUUAACAAAGACUUCCUGAAUGACCAAGCCAACUUAAUAUUGUAGCUGGGUCGGCACGACGUUUAUGCGUGGAUUUGCAAAAUUGGAUGAAAAAGGGGAAAACUACGUUUGCUACCUACUCGAUUUUCUAGCGAAUUGCAGUAUUUUUAACUUCGCAUGACCUGGGUGAUAAGAAGCUUGAUUCAGUUACCCCUUAUGCGAUAGCACCAUUUUACUGUGACAAGGUUUAAAAAGCCUGAACGUGCAUUUUCUAGUGUUCCUGGGGUGCUAUAACGUGAAGCUAUUCCAAACCUUUCUAUUCAAAUUCUGCAAUCAGGGGUGCUAUAACGUCGAACUAUUCCAAACUUUUCUAUUCCAUUUCUGCAAUCAGCCAACCGCGAUUGGUCAAAAACGUUUUUGGACCACCCUCACUUCACCUGUCUGUCACGUGACGUCACGAAAACCGUGAUAGCUCCCCAUCUGAUAUGACGUCUACACACUAAUUAUGCAUGAUUUGACCGGACAAAGAAAAAUAGUUAUUUCUUAUUCAACCGCUUUUCGCCAUUAG